AUGUCAGUGGCCACCUCUGUGAGGGACUCUGCCUCCUCCUUGUCUUCUCUACAGAAGAACCACAUGGGUAUGUAUAAGACUAGUGGAGUGCUUCAGACUUGGGCUCCCCAGAUGAAGGGCUUGAGGCUGGCACUGGUGCCAGGAUCUUCAUGUGUCAGGUUGGGGAUCACACUGAUGCUGGUACUGAGUUUACUGCCAAGCUUGUACUGUGACCUGGGUUCAGCACAUUACUCUUCCUUUGAAAUAGUCAUCCCCAAGGCUCUGACAGUUGAGGGAAGGGAAGAGCCAGUGGAAAAGGCAUCUUACGUGAUAUUUAUGCAGGGCCAGAAACAGCUGAUCCACCUGAAGGUGAAGAGAGACUAUUUUAUCAAUAACUUUCCAGUCUUCAGCUACCACGAUGGCAUCCUGGGACAAGAAAUACCCUUAAUCUCACAUGACUGUCACUAUGAAGGCUACAUAGAAGGAGUCCCGGGUUCUUUUGUUUCUGUCAACACCUGUUCAGGCCUCAGGGGCAUCCUGAUCAAGGACGGAAUCUCCUACGGCAUCAAACCCAUAGACUCUUCAGAACGGUUUGAACAUGUGUUGUACACCAUGGCACAUCAAGCUCAAGUCUCCUGCAAUGUCACUUCCCAAGACAGCCAAGUGGUGUCCACCAGCCGGCAACAAGGGAGCAGGAAGCCUCGCGGCCUACAGGUGCUGUCCUACUUGCAGUCACACACCAAGUACGUGGAGAUGUUUGUCGUGGUCAACAAGCAGCGGUUCCAAAUGUGGGGCAGUAACGUCAAUGAGACGGUCCACGGAGUAAUGGACAUCAUUGCCCUGGCCAACAGCUUCACUAGGGAAAUCAACACAGAGGUGGUGCUGGCUGGAAUGGAGAUUUGGACCGAGGGGGACCUCAUAGAAGUCCCAGGGGACCUGCAAGUUACACUCAGGAAUUUCAAUAGCUGGAGACAAGAGAAGCUCCUCCAUCGUGUGAAGCAUGAUGUUGCCCACAUGAUUGUUGGACAGCAUCCUGAACGGGGUAUGGGGCAGGCAUUUCUCAAUGGUGCCUGUUCAAGUGGUUUUGCAGCAGCUGUCGAAUCCUUCCAUCAUGAAGAUGUCCUCCUGUUUGCAGCGCUCAUGGUCCACGAGCUUGGCCACAACUUGGGUAUUCCGCACGACCACUCGGCCUGUAUUUGUAAAGGUAAACACCUCUGCCUCAUGUAUGAAAACAUCACUAAAGAAAGUGGCUUCAGCAACUGCAGCUCUGACUACUACUACCAGUUCCUCCAGGAGCACAGAGGGGCCUGCCUGUUUAACAACCCUCAGCACAUAGACCGCUUGCGUAGGGCUAACAAAUGUGGUGAUGGUGUUAUUGGUGAUAAUGAGCAGUGUGACUGUGGUGCUGCUUGUGAUAAUAGCCCAUGCUGUUUCUUUAAUUGUACUUUGAAGCCUAAUGCAGUAUGUAGUGAUGGACUUUGUUGUUCCUAUACCUGCGAAUUUCAACCAGAAGGUGCCACAUGUCGUCAGUCUAAGGGAGAGUGUGACCUCCCAGAGUAUUGUAAUGGUACCUCUGAAAAUUGUCCCGAAAAUAGAUACAAGCAAGACGGUACGCUAUGUGACUCAUUUUACUGUAUAAACGGUGUGUGCAGGAACCCUAAUGAUCAGUGCAGUGAAACUUUUGGGGAACUUUCACAGUCUGCUCCACACGUUUGUUAUGAGCUGAUUAACAGCAAAGGAAACCCGUUUGGAAACUGUGGCCAUUCCAAUAAAGGUGGCUCACAAUAUACUAAGUGUGAUUCUGAGAAUGUGAUGUGUGGAAAAAUUAUAUGUACAAAUAUUAAAUUAGUACCAAAGCUCAAAAGCAGUUAUUCAGUGAUCCAGAUUCCUUAUCAAGGUGGGUUCUGCUGGAGCAUGAAUUCCCUAAACACUGGUGCUACCUCUUCUUCUGAAGAUGUGCAGUAUGGCACAGCUUGUGCCCCAAAGAAACUCUGUAAGGAGAACUCCUGCAUUGAUGAUGAUGUUCUCCAAAAUGACUGUGAUCCACAGAAAAUGUGUAAUGGGAAAGGAUUUUGCAACGAUAAAAAGCACUGCCAUUGUAAUCGUGGCUAUGCACCCCCAGACUGCAAAAACCCUGGUGAGGGCGGUAGUGUGGACAGUGGUCCCCCUGGUGAAGAAGCGCCAACUGGAGGUGGAAGUCACAGCACUAGCAUGCCUAUGAAAGAUGAACGGGAUUUCCACAGACUGAUCUUAGCAUUCUUAAUACUUCUUUUCAUAAUGUUAGCAGUUUUGACUAUUAUGUGCAUUGUUUGUAAAAGUGCACAAGAAGAGGCUGCAGAAGAGGCUGCAAAAGAGGCAAUGGAAGAGGAAAAAGAAGCAGAAGAAGAAGAGGAAGAAGAGGAAGAGGAGGAGGAGGAGGAGGAGGAGGAGGAAGAGGAGGAAGAGGAAGAAGAGGAGGAGGAAGAAGAGGAAGAAGAAGAAGAACCAGAGGAAUAA